GACACAAUCUGUGGUUACUUGAACGCACAAAUGACAGUGUGCGAUACAUUAAGUUUACAUGGUUGCGUUGCGGAUAAGAUCACCCUAAUAGUUGUCACCAUUAACUAAUAACAUAUAGAGUACCACAAAACUGACUUGUAAAAAUCCCAAACCUUAGCCGAAACAGUUCGAGCCGAAGUUAAGCCAGUUUCCUUUCAUGCAAUAAAUACACAAAAGCAAGGUGAAUUCUUAACAAGUACGAAGUCCCUGUACUCACAUGCGGCGCGUCCUUUAAUUUUGCGGAGCAACAUGACAGUAUCCUGGACAGAUGAGUUAACCGAAGAUUCAGAAUUACCCCCUGUUGAAGAAAAGUUCGAUUCAGAACGUAACAUUAAAACUGUCGUACGAUAUUUCUUCAAUGAAGACGGUGAUUUGAUCAAGGAAACUAAAGAAUAUCAAAGAGAAAAACGAGUUGUUGCUUCACGAGUAGCGGACAGAAAAAAAUGGAAAAAGUUUGGCGCUUCAAAAUCUGAUCCAUCUGGCGGAAAUUUAGCCAAUACUUACCCAGCCGAUAUAGUUACCAUGCAAAUUGUUCAAUCAAGACAGCCUGAACAAGAGCAAAAGAGACAGGAAGAGAUGAAUGUGAAAACAAAACUUGGAGAACCUGUGAUUGUUUGUAAUUAUUGUAAAGGUGGACAUUUCACUCGUACUUGCCCGUACAAAAGUGAUAUGGAAGCAAUGCAGUUGUUACAAGAACAACUUCGUGCUAAAACGGAACCUACAGAAGAAACAGCUAAAGAAUUACAAAAUGAUCGUUCUGGACGUUAUAUACCGCCAUCAUUACGUGGUGAUGCAGCCAAUACUAGUGGGUCCAGUAUGUCAACUGACAAACGUCCAUUCGAUGAAAACACUGUACGUGUCACUAAUUUACCACCGGAUACAACUGCAGAUGAAUUGAAAUCAGUGUUCAGUGCAUUUGGUCAUGUAGUGCGCAUCUAUCCAGCAAAAGAUAAAUUGACACAACAAAACAGGGGAUUUGCCUUUAUAUCCUUCAGAACUGCGGAAGAGGCGAAAAGUGCAAUUUAUGGUGUCAAUGGUCUUAGACAUAACCAUGUUGUUUUAAAAGUCGAUUGGGCAAAGUAAGUUUAACAUUGUAUUUGUGCUGCAGUGCAUGAAAUCUAUUUUAGUCUGGAAGUUAACAAGAAGUGGAAUUUAUUGCCUUUACGCAUGCUCAUUUAUGUCACACUUUUUAUGCCAAUAUAAUCAGAUAAUGAUGGUAUAGUGUAUUAGCAAGUUUUAGUAAUACCUGUCUUUACCAAUUCAUUAAGCUUUAUUAUUUCAAAAAUUAGUUCUCCUCAGUACACUAUGUUGAUUGACUACGAUUUAUGAACUACUCUUUACAAAAUGUAUUCAUCUAGACUUCAAGUUUAAAUUUGCAUCUACAGCUCUAGCAUCGGCCUUAUCGCAAGACUUGACACAAGUAUGUAUCGGUCCCAUUUGCCACAUCAGAAAUUAAAGAGAAAAAGAGCGAUGUAACAAGACAUGAAGCACCCGAGUAAAUUAGUAUUUGCUCUAUUAGUAAACUAAUAGCAAGAAGAAGUUCAAAGAACAACUGAGAUUUUGAAAUAAAAUUAACCACGAUUGCACCACCACUACCACUGAUUUCGAGCCGUGUAGUCUUAUUCCUCUCCCUCCAUCGAUUAUGGUUAUUAUUCCUUCUUCAACUAAAAGAUCUGUGACUGUGGGGACGGUUCAGGUUAACAGUCACUGACUUCAUAGUAACUCUGUGUUUUUAUAUUCGUGCCUCUAACCUUUCAAAUUUACUACUAUUCCGGCCAAAAUGAGGGAUUUUUUUAGGUAUGCGUUUGAGAUACUGUGUCCCUAAGUAAUGUUGUCACGCUCCAAUAGUGAGUAGUAAGAUCUUCAUUUUAUACCUCGUAUUUACUGCUUUUCUUACCCCUAUCCAGCUGAUCUGCACGAAACGUGUUCUAGACAAUAUUAGCUCUAUUGAGUUGCUACCAUAUGGAAACCUUAUCAUCACAUCAAGAUGCUAGCUACGGUCUAGUUUCAUCAGUGAAGGGAUGACCAUAAUUAUCUUGUUAGCUCUACCGUAAGUAAUACGUAGAAGUGGGAUUCACUGAGGCCAUGACCUAACACCUAUUUUAGGUUGCGGUAACCACCAACUUAUAUUUUUCCAUUGCUGAUAUUCACAAUUAAAUAUGACUAUUGGCGGCGUGAGCAAAUGAAUUCACUGAAUGAAUGAUACCUCAAAUAUACGUUUAUAUUGAUUAUCCAUGUAUCUAUUCAAAGGACCAAUACACUUAUAUAGUGAUUAGAUUGAACUCUUGAUAUCAACAACGGAAUAAUAAGAACCUAUACAACAUUUAUUUAGAAUGACCCCAAUCUCAAAACCGAAUUGGUAUAGUACGAUAUGAUGAAAUAUCUCUUUUGUACAUAAAAUGUAACCCCUCUUUUUCAUCUCAACAGUUCUAUUUUGUUUAUUCCAUCUAAUUAUCAUUUGUGACACCAUUUUCAUGACAGCAAUCAAAGAUGUUUACUUUCGUGAAAACCUCUUCAUUUAGUAAUAGUUCUUCUUGUCACUUGAGCCAAAAUAUUUAUUUCGUUGUGUAUGGUGUGUUUUUUUUGUAAUGGUGGAGAAGAUUUAUAACUCAAGUGGAUAAUUUUAUUCUCUGAUCAAACCAUCCAACUCUGAGAACAAAACUCCACCUAAAAGAUGUUUUUUUGGCAAUUAUUUGGAUAUUUUCCAUAACACUGGUACUAUAAGUUACGAUAUUUUGAUAGUAUGAAUCCUAAGCUAAGUUGUUCUGUUCGUCAAUGAAACUGUUAUUAUUUGGUUAGUUUAUUCCUAUAAUUCAUCUAAUCAUUACUUGAUAAUGAAAGUUCUCGAAAACAGACAAUUGAACAUUGUUUAGUCUAAUCCUCAUUACUAUUUAACUAUUAUUAUUCUUAUUUAUUAUUUCAGACCUUCAAAUAAUUAAAGCUUUCGAAUAAGCAUCGAUAUCUCACUCCUGUUUCACCUACAUCAAUUGUUAAGAAAAAUAUAUAUAUAUCUUUACAGACUUAAUUGAUAAUAAACGAGGUGCAUUGAAUGAAUUCUUAAUUUUCAAUAUUUUGUUCGUUUUGAUCUAUGAAAAUUAAUCAACCAAACAUCUUAUAUAUGUAUCGAUCAAUCUAAUCUGCAUAUUGUUGUUUGUAGUAUCCCCUCUUAUCGUACUUUUUAUUCGAUAGGGAUUUCAAUAUUAGCUGCAAUUUCAACGUUCCUUAUAGUUGAAUGAUUAUGAUAGUUCACUCUUACAAAUAAAAGAUUUGAUUUGUAUCAACGAGAAUAUAUUUUCUUAGGGUUGAAAAAUUGAUCAAUUUCUACUGAAAGCAUCCGUUUUGUGCCGUGUUACAUAACCUAAAUCAGUCAAUGUCUGUGUUCAAUAUUAUUUAACAACAAUUCAAAAAAUCUUCACUUUUCCGGAAUAAAGCUAUAUCAGCUCGUGAAAUCGUGUACAUAACGUUAACCUAGAAAGACACGACCGAUUCACCAAUUGCUAUAAAAUUAAAUUCCGGCAUAUAUUACUCAUUGUUUAAUGUUUUAGUUUGCAUAUUAGUAUCAAUAUAAAACCAUGAUUGGAAAUAUAUCUAACACGACAAUUUUCAGGGUUAGUGGUUUAAUGGGAAUUAAGUCGUCGAAAUAAUAAACUGAGUGUCCAGAACAGAUCGCCAUGGAUUUGGCAGCUCGUAACGGUUAUGCUGUUCUUAGUUUACGGUCUUUCUCGAAGGACAUUAGGUACAACACUAACUUUAUUUACUGGAUCUGCCGGGUGAUUAAGAGGUUUCAAGUUUACUAAUAUAGCGUACAUUAUCCCCUAGCAGUUACUCGAAAUUUCUGUUCAAAAAGUGAAUGCCAAGUACAACAUUAACCUUUAAACCUCAGAAGCGUCUGGAAUGUACAAUGCAUUGUUUAAAAAAAUGAUAAGAUCUAUCAAUACUAGGUAUAAAUUUUGAGUUAGUGUAAUGAUGAGUAACAACUGUCAGCUAAUUACCAAAGUCGAAAUCUUUAAUACGAACGUCAACUGUACAGAGUUAAAACUUGGAGAACUACUACAACCAUCAUCAAAAAGGUACUAUUAUUUAUUAUUAUAUAUUAUUUGGACACAUAAAGAUUGGUACAAUAAUGCGCCACACAAAACAAUUACAAUUUAAAGAGAAGGAAAAAGAAAAAAGGUAAGGAGUGUAAACAAAAAAGAGAACAAUAAUGGAGAGAUUGGUGUUAGGUAGUGUAGUAAUAAUGAGGAAACGGAUAGGUACAAUCAGAAGAAAUUUUUCAGGUAAAGGAGACACAACCACUUUAUGAAGAAAGUAAAAGAAGGUUACAGCAGGAUCGCCACUGGCUUCUAUUCUGAGCCAUAUCUGGUAACGUCUCUAGCCACUGUGUAGCACCAUCUCUCAGACCCCAACCAGGGAGUCGUGAAGGACCAACAGAAGCCAGUCCUUUGCAGAUUUCUUUCAUGCCACGACACCAUGUCAUGCACUGACCACCUCUCCGCUUCUUCCAACCAGUCCCAGAGUCGACAAAUAAUGCACGACGUGGAAUUCUCUGGGACGACAUUCGUAGAAAUGUCCGAGCCACCGAAGUCGGUGUUUCAAGAUGGUGACA